CAAUACAAAUAUUCCCAAAUUUGGAAACUUUUUAUUCUCUUUUUUUCUCUCUGUUCUGUUUUGUUUGCCCAACAUGAAAGACAGAGGAAAGAGAACAGCAACGGAGCGAAGAAACGACUACGCUUCAUUCUAUUACAGCACGCCCUCCGACCUCUCUUGUCGGAAGCAUCCAUCUGUUUCCGCUGUCGGAAUCUGUCCGUACUGUCUCAACGACCGUUUAGUUAACCUCGUAUGCUCCGAAUGCGGUGAACAGAGACUCUCUUCUUGCUCAUGUUCCGAGGUCUCUCCUAAUCCGACCUCAAACGUCGUCCGGUUCUCUUCUUUCAUCGACGAAGAGGCGACGAAACAGAGGAAGACGACGGAGAAGAGUCGAAAAACAGAGGAAGUUGUGGUGUUCAAGAGGAGUAGUAGCAGUUGCGUUGAGAUUAGUAAAAGGAAGCAUCAUAGGUUCUCAAAGAUCGGAAGGUUCUUCAGGAAGAUUAAUCUCAUAAAUGAGAGAGCUUUGGAUUACAACGACGAUGGUAAGAAACAGAGUGUUUCGAGAUCAAGAUCUCUGUGUAGUUUCCGAGGAGGAAACGGGUGCUUUAUCGGGUCGGAAGAAGACGUGUCGUCUUAUUCCGGUGCAAGGAGCUCCUUCUCCGCCGCGAGAAGCUUGAGCGUCAAUGGCGGGUUAGGGGUUUUCGAUACGACGACAGAGCAUCGGAAGAGCAACUUCGAAGGGAGGGAAAGCAACUUCAGCGAGACGACGGAGACAAGGAGGAGUAACUUCAGUGAAUCAGAGCCGCCGCGAAGAAGCUGUUUCGAGGGGAGGAAGAGUAACUUCAAUGAAACAGAGUAUCCACGGAGGAGUAAUUUCAGCGAAACAGAGUAUACUCGGAGGGAGAAUAAUUAUCCACAGAGGAGCAACUAAGAAGCAGCAGCAAGGAAGAGCGAUUCGUCGGCGAUGAGUUUCACGAGAAGGGUUUUAUCGGUGAAAUAUGGUGAAGAAGAAGAGCCUGGUUUUAUCGAGAUUAAAUUCGAUUCCUCUGGACGAGUUGUAAACGACGGCGUUUUGGAACACGGAGGAGGAGGAUCUUGCCGGUUAACCACGAAGGAUCGAGAGGUGAGUAGGAGUCGAAGGAGCUUCAAAGGAUGGAAAUGGUUAUUCGGACAUCAUCAUCAAAGAGAUUCAUCAUCAUGAUGACGAAGAUUGAAGGAAAGAGAUGAAUUUUAUGGGAUCCAGUAAGGAACAAUUGUCAACUCAAUUGCUCCUAUGUCAGUCUUAGUCAGAAAACUUUGG